AUUGGGUUUGGGAAGAUGGAAACCUAUGUUAAACUGGACAAACUGGGAGAGGGCACUUAUGCCACGGUCUUCAAGGGCCGCAGCAAGCUGACUGAGAACCUCGUGGCCCUGAAGGAGAUCCGCCUGGAGCACGAGGAGGGGGCUCCCUGCACGGCCAUACGGGAAGUGUCGCUGCUGAAGAACCUGAAGCACGCCAACAUCGUGACCCUGCACGACAUCAUCCACACAGAGCGUUCCCUCACCCUCGUCUUCGAGUACCUGGAGAACGACCUCAAACAGUACCUGGAGAACUGUGGGAACCUGAUGAGCGUGCACAACGUGAAGAUCUUCAUGUUCCAGCUGCUGCGUGGUCUGGCUUACUGCCAUGGGAGAAAGAUCCUGCACCGAGACCUCAAACCCCAGAACCUGCUCAUCAACGAGAGGGGAGAGCUCAAGCUGGCUGACUUUGGACUAGCCAGAGCCAAGUCAGUCCCUACAAAAACAUACUCCAAUGAGGUGGUCACGCUCUGGUACCGGCCCCCUGAUGUCCUGCUGGGAUCUACUGAAUAUUCCACACCCAUCGACAUGUGGUGA